GCACUCACUGCCUGCAACAUUCGUCUCCCGCAAGGUGACUCGGAAUAGCUCUUAAUACCGACGCAGAUAUGAUGCGGUACACCUUAUCAUUAUUGCUGGCAAUUGCUGUGAGCUGGGCUCGAGCGCAAGACGCAUUCUUCGAGAAGUACACCUAUGCUAAGACUAUGUCCGAAUGCUUCGGAAAUUCAGCCUACGAGGAAUACUUGCUCAGGAUAGCCAACGCGAAGAGAGAGUGCGGAUACAACCCCGUCAAUUUCUAUGAACCUAGGCCUACCUAUGACGACAGACGGUACCCAAACACUGGACAGACCAAUAGGCCUUUCUUCACUACACCCACUGCACCUCCAAUAAACUUUCAGGGAGGUUACCCUUCUACCUUCUCUUCAUAUACACCCUUCAAAGGAAAUACCCCAGACAUCUCUGGCAAUGGAUUUGCACUGAACUUCCUGAACAAGCCAACAGGAAAACAAACUUUAAGGAGAUUCAGCUAUUCCCAAAGACAGCUCUACGAUUCAGAAGCCAUUCAAAUGGCUCUACGGCAGAUAGGAGACUCCCUCCGCAACUUCACGUGUGUCUUUGGACAACUCCGGCUGAUUGAUCAGAGGCUCAAUAUCGACUACGACACGAUGAUCAAUAAUUACUACAACUCCCAAAUUGAUAAUCAGCUGCGAGAAGACCUUAUCAGUGGCAUCAACUAUUGCAGAGAGCUCGUGAGCUGCAUGCCAGAGGACAAAUCACCAGUGUCCUUCGAACUCCAGCGCCUCAUGGCCUUCGCCAGGUGCGAGAGGAAGACCAGGCUCUCAGCCUGCCUCAGGAGAGACCUCAGAAACAACCUGCAGCACUUCGACGUGUCCGCCCUCCCCGACGACGGCCAGAGGACCUCGGACAUCGAGAAAUUGUUGACCAUCCUCGUGGGGCAGGAGUCUCUAGACCAGCUGGAGUUGUACUGAUUUCUAAGUUGGAUUGGAGCGAGUUAUGUCUCUUUUUUUUCGCAUAUUUUUGUAGAUUUUUAGGAGUGAUUUCAGAUCUCGGUUGGUUUUUUAUUUAUUCAUUUUCUUCACCGAAUUCUUAGUGAAGGUUUCUCUCUUUCAGAGAAUUAAUUUUUUUAUUUUUUACUUAAAUUUUGGCGAAGGAUUCCCGUUCACAGAGUCGUAGAUGUUAUCUUGAAUUAUUUUCUGACCUAUUACUUUUUUUACUUCAAUUUUAGCGAAAUAUUCCCAUUUUUACAAACUUCAUAUAUAUAUAUAUAUCACAUACACCUCAUUUUAGCUCAUUACUUUUACUUUACUUUUACAGAUUCUUGAAUGUUCUUGUAUAAAGAGUUGAGUAUAAUGAGACAUCAGGUUCAACGUGUAUUAAUUUUACUGAUCUCAGUUUAAAUAUAAGGUAUUUUACGACAUUUGCAU